GAGUGAGGCUUAAUCCGGACAGUUCCGUCCAUCCUCGUGCUCCACAGAUCUCACGUGCGCGUCCAGUAUGAAAGUGUGACGCGUCUUUACUGCUCAGCUGUUUGUUUCAGAGGCUUUUUUCCUGUUUCUGGAGACCCUGACCUCCACGCCCACCUCGCGUUUGCUGCGGCUGACCGCGGGCUGAAGUCAUCACCUGUCUCUCCUCAUCACAGCAUCAUUAAGGACGCGCACGCGCGCACGCACGCACGCACACGCAGCGGAAACACACAGCUGUAGUUGAAGAUGGCUCUGAAUGUGCCUGGUCUGGUGGUGAUGGCCGUGUUCUACCUGUUGAUCCUGGGCACGGGCAUUUGGGCGUCCAUGCGCUCAAAGAAGGCGGAGAAGAAUUGCAUGGGAAAUGGCAUGGAGAUCACGCUGCUGGCCGGACGCAACAUCAACCUGCUCGUUGGCAUCUUUACUCUCACCGCUACAUGGGUGGGUGGAGGCUUCAUCCUUGGUAUUGCUGAAGCAACAUACAACCCAACGCUGGGCGCAGUCUGGGCCCUCAUGCCUGUGCCUUAUGUACUGACCUUCUUCUUAGGUGGCUUCUUCUUUGCCAAGCCCAUGAGAGAGAACAAGUACGUGACAAUGAUGGACCCGUUCCAGCAGAAGUAUGGGAAUGUGAUGAGCAGCGCCCUGAUCCUUCCCGCUCUGGUGGCAGACGUCCUGUGGGUGGCGCGCACACUCGUCAGCCUGGGUGGAACUAUGAGUGUGAUUCUGGAUCUGCCCUACAUCUACUCCAUCCUCAUCUCCUCAGUGGUGGCCAUCAUCUACACACUGCUGGGCGGCCUCUACUCUGUGGCCUACACUGAUGUCAUCCAGCUCAUCCUCAUCUUUGUCAGCCUGUGGGUGUGCGUUCCUUUCCUGAUGACCAACCCUCACUCUUUGGACAUCUCACUGACGGCCUACAACUUCACCUACCAGGCUCCAUGGGUCGGCACGGUGGAGCUGGACGAGGCGGGAAAAUGGUUUGAUGACUUCAUGCUGCUGGCUCUGGGAGGUUUGGCCUACCAGGCGUUCUACCAAAGAAUCCUCUCGUCCUCAUCUUACAGCCAGGCUCAAGUGACUUGCUUUGCCUCCGCUGCCUUCUGCCUAGUGCUGGGUAUCCCCUCAAUUCUGGUGGGGGCCGUGGCUGCAUCUACAGACUGGAACUCAACCAGCUAUGGAUUACCCACUCCCUAUGAGAGGAACCAGACGGGUUCCAUCCUCCCCAUCGCCCUGCACUACCUCACACCCAUGUACGUGUCCGUCAUCGGCAUCGGAGCCGUCGCUGCCGCCGUCAUGUCGUCCAUGGACUCGGCUCUUCUGUCCUCUGCCUCCUUGCUCUCCUCAAAUAUAUAUAAGAACAUCCUCAGGAAGCAGGCGUCAGACCGGGAGAUGCAGUGGGUGAUCCGUGUCUCAGUGGUGUUGGUCGGCGUGGCUGGCACUGGUCUUACCUUCCUGGACAACAGCGUCCUGGUCUUCUGGCUCGUGGGCGUGGACAUGUCCUACACCAUCAUGUUCCCUCAGCUCGUCUGCAUCCUCUUCUUCAAGGUCUCUAAUGGUUAUGGCGCCGUCGUGGGCUACAUGAUGGGAAUAACCCUGAGGAUCCUCAGUGGCGAGCCCCUCAUUGGUCUGCCACCUGUCAUCAAAUUCCCGGGCUGCCGCCUAGACGAGGAAGGAAAGAUGACCCAGUACUUCCCCUUCCGCACCACCAUCAUGGUCGCGUCGCUCGUAUCCAUCCUGCUCGUCUCCUGGUUGUCUUCCAUGGUUUUCAACAAGGGUCUGCUGCCGGAGAAGUGGGACGUGUUUAUGAUCAAGCACAAGCAGAAAUCGGUGGUCAACGGCUUGGACAACAACAGCAAGGCCAACUCUGGAGACGGAGACGCCUCCACAUCCAAGCAGCUUCUGGACACCACCAGCUGCUAAGAGGAGAGAAGAGGGAGCGCUUAAAUGAGAACGCCACCCAAUCAUGGAGGACGAGCGGCUCCUUCACUGAAGAAAAUGACCUGCAUCCCAAAAGAAUCGCUCCACGAUUUGCCGUGAAGAAAAUGUUUGUGGGGAAUAAUCUUUGAACUUUUCUUUCAUACGAGAGUGAUUGGGAUUAAUGCGUCCUGUUGGAAAACAGCGAUGCAAGCCAUCCACUCAUGGUUUUCUAAAAGAAUCAUUUAUCAGUGCUGCUGUUCGAUUAUACCUCGCUCUUCUCUUUCCGUGUUUUACAAAUCAGUCACAACCAAACACAACGUUCCACAACGUUUUCACCAAAAAUCUUUGCACUUCAUUUGAAAGUGAUUUGAUUUCUUCCCUUUCUGCUAAAAACAGCUUUGCAAUGUUUUUUUUAUUUUUAUUUUUUUAAUCAAGGAAAGAUGAAUCAUGUUGUGUGAACACAUCCAAUAUGUAAAAAAUGACGGUCCAGGUUUUUACCUCUUGCUACCAAAUCUUGUCAAAGACACAUUUGUUUGUUUGUUUUAAAUCACACAGACUUUUACAGGUUUCUUUCAGGGGGAUUUUCCAUUAUCAGCCAACAGUGAUAAGCACACUCACACUCAGUGUUGGUCCUUUUGUUUUAGCUUCUGUUCACGAAACUUUCUUUUAUAGUUUGUACAUCGUCUGAUACAUAAGACUAAACUCGAUAUGAAGUGAAAUAUAUUCAAAAUAAAUUGGUUCUCUUCACAUACAGGAGAGUUUUGUCUGCACAGGAUGUCCCCAAACGGUCCAAGUGUCCUUACUAUGUGUGUACCAAACGUUGUAUGGUACACACAUAGUGUAUAUGCUCAUGUACACAUAGAGUGUGCAGUAAUGUGUCCGGGUUCAUGUGGUGGGUUAGGUUUAGUGGCACUUGUUUAAAGAAGGUUCACGUCUACAUUUGUCCAUCUUCAGCUUUGAGAAGCAUUAAUUGCACAUUAGGGCAGAUGUUUGUUGAGUUGUGUUAUUUUCUCUCUAACAUGUUGUCUAACAUGUUAGUGGACAAACAGACAGACGAGCAUCUGGCUUCACCCGCACUGACCUGUGAAGGUCGUCUUCAGGAGUGAGCGACAGGCAACUGGACUUUGUGUUGUAUAUUGUAUAGUUUUGUUAUACAUUUGUAUGCAAAGCUAUAAUGGGAUCAUUGUUUCCUCUAAGGUGGCAAAAGGGUCUGAAUUCAAGUUUCUUUAUCAAGUACAAAUAUUUCUCCCUUUUUUUACACAGUGUGGUUUAUUGUAGACGUGCAGAGAGAUGUUGACUCAUGUCAGAACGCUUCCUCUAAAAUACAGUUGCCCUUUAAUGUCACUGAAAACUCUCCACUGUCAUCAGGGUGCAUCCCUCAAGGAACAGUGAUGGUAAAGUUCUCAGAACCUAAAACUAUGACGCAGAUUUUAUUCAUGUCAUUUUCCAAAGACCAAUCAGAGAGAACAAACUGUGUCAGAAUAUGAAGCAUGCAGAACACAAGGCAUGCAUGACUUUUCAAUAUGUGUGAUUGUAUAUUAUACUCUUGAACUGUACAGUCUGAUCAUGAUUUUUGUAUUCACACAUUAUUUUUGUUUGAAAUCAGUGUUGAUUGAUAUGCAUUGAGUAGGAGAAACACACACAAGCUCUUUUGAUUGAACACUAGUGUCAAACAGGGUCAUGUGACCUGAUUUGAUGGAAGAAGAGCUGCCAACUAUCGUCAGCACGACGUCAAUAACAAACUUAAUAAAGGCAAUAAAUGGCAAUUCCUUAAUAGUGGAGCAGAACUAUAUUAUCAUGUGUGCCUUUUAUUACUUUUUUAUUUUUUAAUGUCAGUCAGCGGAGGAUUAUGAAAGUAUUGGGCAGUUUUAUAAUAUAAUGUGAGUCGGGAGUUUUACAUUGUAUUAUCCUCAAAUAUGUAUUUGAUUUUAUACUCUUAUGCAUGUUGAUUGUCUUUACCAGUGUAGUUUGUAUACUGAGCUUUGGUGAAGGCUGUUUUCUCUUGCUGCUUUGUAAUCAAUGAAUCCCCAUGGGGUGAUGUUCUGUCCAAAUAAAAGCUGAAAUCAAA